AUGAACCCCCAAAACAGACCCCGAAGCAAUAGCGAAUGGCAGGCAAACUACGAGCGGACAAGGCCGAAGAGCAACAUAAGUAAACCACCGCUGACACGCGGAGCAGGGAGACGCAAAGGAGCGAAGUCCACGAGGCCGCGAACGUACCAAAAUAUACCUGUCCAAGACAUUGAUGCCAAUGAGGUGCAAGACAACGGCUGCUUCAAACUACAAAACCAGCCCAAUGCCCUUCAAAUGAUCAACUACACCACACCGCAGCAUACACCCGAUGUAUUCCUUCGUUACGAUUGCUUCAUACCGGUCAGAGAAACAUACGAAUUCUUUCCAUGUGAACCUUACGGUGGUGCAGAAGAUAUUCUGGGCUUCAAAGAAUAUCGUGGAGUUGAUAUGAUAAUGACGAAAACUGGUCCUUACAAGUUGCCAACUUUGCCAACUCAUGUCUUUAAACCAUACAAACUUAUCCUCUAUCGUGGCCGAAAAAACGCACAACCGGACGAAGAUGAUCACCAUCGCUUCGUAUACUUGGCAGAAAACAAGCCCAACGAGAUGAAGGUAGGAGAUUGUUUUAUCCGGCUUGAAGAGGUUCACAACCGUAUGAGAGGGGAUGCGGCUCCUUUUAUUGCUGAUUGCGAGUUGGCUGUCGAAUACGCCAACCAGAAAAGAAUCAUCGAUGGAAAUAGCCUCCAAGCAGAAAAGGAUCUUGCCAGUGCCAGAGUCCAACAGCUUCAGCAACAGUUUGGCGGCGUGCUCAGAUUCCGUUGUUGGACUGUUGAAGGACAGCCAUCUUAUGCUGAUGAAGAUACACUGUGCCAAAAGCUGUUCGAUAACGUUCGGGGAAUGACAACGCGUGAUCAUCUCGAGCUGUUUCGCGUUUGGGCAGAGCUACUCCGAAAAUCGCAGGGCGAUAAACUUGGAUCUAAGGAAUUCUUUGGACGUUACUGGGAUGCUGUCAUUCCUGACGUAUCCAGACCGUUAUUUCACGACGGAAUGAAGAUCUUGGUGUCCGCGACAUAUCUCAACUAUCUUGGUUACAGUGACAUUAAUCCUCUGACACCUGUUAACCGGGAAAGGGUCAGAAAUGAUGUGCACGGGGCCGUUCAACGGGUGAUCGAUGCGCCAAGGCUCAAGUUCAAACCUCCCUUGCCCUUGACGAGCAUCAUAUUUCCGGACGAAGAGCCAUAUCUACCCCUUGGAUGGGAUCUUAACCCGGAUAAUAACAGAAACUACAGGGAGUUAUCCGGUAACGGAUGGAGGACACUUGAGGCGCAUCCCGGUGGUCUUUACAGUAUUCUCAUCAACCAGUCUGUCAGAGACUUCUUCCUGAACCUCACCCUCUACAAGCAACUUUGGCAGGAUGGGUACCCUGUUCCUGACCAGACAAACGCCGAAGUUCUUCAUGGUCGGCUGAAUCAAUGUCGGACGACAUCCGAAACAGUUACGACAGUGGAUAAGACCAACCUAUCCGCGGCCUCUGCGAAUCCUAAGCGGGUCCCGACGCAGGAUAGAUGCGUUGCAGACCCUGCGUGUUCUGCAAACGUGGCCCUAUCAAUGGCAUAUCCAGACAUUUAUUCUGACUCGGGCAAGGCGAAGAAGAAGAGAGUUGCAGAGUGGCUCCAUAGGUCAGCAUUCAGCUACGGAGGAGGCAUUACGUCUGGUGGUCAGCUAAGCACACCUCAGAUUCCUAAUAAUCUGGUCCUUGGCAGCCCUGAGACAAACACGCUUAUGAUGAGAUACGAGUCUUUUGUCAAGAGAAUCGUAGUAUUCGGAAAUAAGCGUAACGGUGAUGUAGUCAAGGUUACAACAAACAUAACCUACCCACAUCUUGUAGGUUGGAAUCAGGACUGGGUCGGCGACAUUUUCCAUCAAUACACGUGGUUAGCCCCCGAGCUUUCCUAUUCUUACGAGAAUAUGGUUCUCAGUAAUCCUCAUAUCUCCCAGCGCAGGCCUAUAUAUCCUAUGAACCGCGAGACAGCCAUGCUCUUUGAGACCCUUCUAGACAAAUCUAUCGAGGAGAAGUGCUGGGGAUGGGAAUGCUGGAAUAAGAAUAGUGCUGUUGCGGAUGCGCUCAUGGAGUCAACGGUUGUCGAUGGGGACCAGGAAGAAUUGAACAAGAAAGACCUGGAAGAUAUGCUGCACGACGAGCUCAAGGAGCGAGAUCCGCAAGUUUGA